UGUAUGUGUGUGCAUUGAAAAUGAUAAUAAAGUUAAAAAGAACGCGUACUCACCGUGUUAUUUUGGUUUCGUUAAUGAGCAGACGCGUUUGUGACGAUUAAUUAAGCAUUGUAAUUGUUCAUAUUGUUUUUUUUUGUACAUAACAAAUUAAUUUUUAAUAAGACUUAAUGACGACCGACGAUAUUUAUAACUCAUUUUCGCGCCCAGGAUGCGCCGGUUUUUUGGCAAAUUAUUUGCCAGUGUCGCAAAAUAACGUCGAUUAACAAGUGUGUGCUACUGUAUAUUGUUUUUUUUUGCUUGUUUUAUAAUUAUGAGACAAUGACAAAUUAAUGAAAGUAUUUGUACUACUAACUGAUGGUAAACGGUGCAAAUGUAUUCCCAAUUCAAUUGUAAUGUGCAUGAUUCUUUGUUAUUAUCUGUUCAAAAAAUACUUAUGGAACUACCGCAAAGCGAAAAGAUUUUAUCAGUCCCUAAUGAUGACCUCUGGAAUAGGCAUGCCCUCCCUAUACCACGCGUUGGUUGUCAUAUUCCUGGAGUUCUUCGCGUGGGGUCUUUUAACAAUGCCAGUUAUACAAGUAUUAAACACAACAUUUCCGGAUCAUACCUUUCUUAUGAACGGUCUUAUAAUGGGUAUAAAGGGCUUGCUGUCGUUCCUCAGCGCACCCCUCGUGGGCGCCCUAAGCGACGUCUGCGGGCGAAAGCUUUUUCUCCUAAUCACCGUGUUUUUCACGUGCCUGCCCAUACCUUUAAUGACCAUCAACACAUUCUGGUUUUUCGCGAUGAUCUCGAUAUCGGGCGUGUUUGCCGUAACAUUCAGCGUAGUUUUCGCAUACGUAGCUGACGUCACCGACGAAAAAGAACGUUCAUUGGCUUACGGUCUCGUCAGCGGAACUUUCGCUGCUAGCAUGGUCAUUUCUCCUGCCCUGGGUGCUUAUAUGAUGGACAGAUGGUCCAUAACUUUGGUGGUAGCAUUGGCUACAUCUGUUGCGAUUUUAGAUGUUUUCUUUAUAAUAGUAGCCGUCCCAGAAAGUCUUCCCGAAAAGGUUCGCGUGUCCCCGAUUAGCUGGGAGCAAGCAGAUCCUUUCGCUUCCUUGCGUAAUGUCGGCAAGGAUCCUACAAUUCUGUUGUUGUGUAUUGCCGUAUUCUUGUCUUAUUUGCCCGAAGCUGGCCAGUACAGCUGCAUUUUUGUCUAUUUGAAACUCGUCAUGGGAUGGAGUGCCCCCAUGGUAGCUGUCUUUGUAGGACUCGUAGGUCUUAUGGCAGUAAUGGCCCAACUCAGUUUAGGAAUGUUAAUGAAAAAUUUGGGCAGUAAGCAUACAAUUAUGCUAGGUCUUUUGUUCGAGAUGCUUCAGCUUUUAUGGUACGGUUUUGGUACCACAACAUGGAUGAUGUGGGCGGCUGGAAUUCUUGCCUCCAUGUCCUCCAUUACUUAUCCUUCAAUAUCAGCUUUUAUUUCCAUCAUUAGCACACGAGAUAAACAAGGAGUUGUACAAGGAAUGGUUACUGGAAUGCGAGGUCUCUGUAAUGGCCUAGGUCCUGCAAUGUUCGGAAUUAUAUUCUACAUGUUCCAUGUUGAUCUCAAUGACGAGCAUAAUAAUGAAUCGACGCACAGCACAGACGCUCAAGAUGAUAUUUAUUCUCAGUUUGUACCUGGACCACCUUUCGUGUUUGGUGCAUUUUUGGUUGUGUGUGCCCUUUUGGUGGCCUCGUUCAUACCAACCAAGCAAAGCGUCGAAACUGGUAUUCCCCUGGACAGCAUGUACGAGAUUGAGCACGGUCAAAAAGUGGCGGGCACCCUCAGUCCCCUGAUACCCCACAGUCGAUCCCUUGACGGCAGUACGGCCAUCUUGUAAAUUGUGAACAGCUUUAAAAGAAAAGCGCGCGCGUGACCGACGUUUUUACCCCUGUAGAGUCGACCAUCCUCUCCUUUUAUUGUCUGCUGUCUAUCUUCUUCCCAGCAUCCCUCUUAAUGUC